UCCUCUUUCAUGGAUGUCGGUUUCUCUUCUAUUCUCUGCUGCCAUACCUCACUGUCGGAUCUUUCUGUACUUUGCUUUCUCCUGCAAACCUGGUUUCCUUGUUCUCUCCAAAGCACUCAAAUCUUAAGCUUCAAGCCUGAAGGAAAGGAUCCCUUUCUCACCCAUUUUCCCACCAAGAAAUCAAUUCUUCUUCUUCUUCUUCUUCUUCUUCUUCUUCUUCUUCUUCUUCUUCUUCUUCUUCACAUUUCAACUUACAGAUCGACCUACCAGUCAACUGAGAGCUCACUGCAAGGAACAUCUUUCCAUAGACGCAGACCUCUCAUCUCCCUCUUCUCUCGGUCUCUCCUUUCAACACAAGAGAGUCCAGUCGGCCAUCGUCUUGUUGAGCACCGUGAAGACUCUAAUCCCAUAAAACCGAGUCUUGCGUUCCUACUUCUAAAAAUGACAUCUUUAUCACUUCCAAGGCGUAACUCCUCCGCCAGCCUUCUCCUCUUUCUCCUGCUAUGCUUCCUUUCCCUCUUUAUCUCCUCGGACGCCCAGCAGCUGGUCCCCUCCCAAUCCAGGACGCUCCUCCGCCUCCAACGCCUCCUCGAGUACCCCCAGGCCCUUGCCGGCUGGUCCAGCGCCACCGCCUUCUGCUCCCUGCCCCCUUCCCUCUCCCUUUCCGUCGCCUGCUCCGGCGACCGCAUCGUCGAGCUCGUCAUCGUCGGCGACCGCCCCGCCUCCCCUGGCGGCCGCAACGCCUUGUCUCCGGCCUUCUCCUCCGACUCCCUCUUCACCACCCUGUCGCGACUCCCGAGCCUGACCACCAUCUCCCUCGUCGCCCUCGGCCUCUGGGGCCCGCUCCCCGGGAAGGUGGAUCGCUUCCCCUCGCUCAAAACUCUCAACUUGAGCUCGAACUACUUCGCCGGGGCGAUCCCUGUGGAGAUCAUGACGAUGUCGAGCCUCCAAAAUCUCGUCUUGAGCGGCAACUCGUUCAACGGAUCGGUUCCUGACCUCAAAUCCUUGACUGCUCUCGUCGAAUUGAACGUGGGCAGGAAUCGCCUCGGUCCCGACUUCCCGUCCCUGAGCAGUGAUCUUGUCGCUCUAGUUCUAAAAGACAACAGCUUUCGUGGAAAGAUCCCAGCGAGUCUUGCAUCCUUCCGCCAGCUUCAGAAGUUGGACUUGUCUUCCAAUCGCCUUGCUGGGUGGAUUCCCCCAUCUCUGUUUUCUCUACGAUCGAUACGGUACUUGGACUUGUCCCAUAACACGUUCACCGGAGAAAUUCCAUCCAAAGUUUCAUGCGGCGAGGAGCUCGGAUUCAUCGACAUAACGAACAACCAUUUGGUCGGAGGAUUGCCUUCGUGCAUGCGAUCCAAUACUUCGACCAGAGUGGUGCUGAGCUCAGGGAACUGCUUGAAUGCAGGGGAUCUGAGGCACCAGCAUUCCGAUGCUUAUUGCAAUGACGCAGCAGUAGCCGCAGUUUUGCCUCCGGCGAGCAAGAUCAGUGGCUCCAAGAGCAAUGUAGGUGUUAUACUGGGCAUCGCUGGGGGUGUUGUCGUCGGGGCAGCCUGGCUGUUGUUACUGGUCUUCUUGGCGUUCAGGAGAGCAAGAGUAGAGGAGCCGAAAGCCAUUGCCUUACCCAAACCAGUGGCCACAAAAUCUCUAGCUCAAGACAGUACAAGAACACCAGCUGAAGCAGUUGUAAUCCUCGAUAAAGGGCACAUGUAUGGGGCAGCGAGGACAGAAACUCUUGGGUCAAUACCAUACAGAGUUUUCAGCAUGGAGGAGCUGCAAGUGGCAACCAAUGGAUUUGAUCCAUCAAACUUGUUAGAGGACAGUGCGCGAGGGCAGUUUUAUAAAGGUUGGCUCCCAGACGGCUCUCUGACGACAGUCCGAAGCUUGAGAUUGAAUCAAAAGUUUUCACCCCAGAGCCUACCUCAGUACCUGGAUCUCAUCUCAAAGCUCAGGCACCAUCACUUGGCCAGCAUACUUGGCCAUUGCAUUUUUGGUAGCCAGGAUGGUAGUAACACUACCACUAUGGUAUUUCUUGUUUCUGAACAUGUCACUAAUGGAACUCUAAGGAGUCAUAUUACUGAGUGGCGAAAGCGCGAGAUGUUGAAGUGGCCACAAAGAUUAGCAGCUGUUACUGGGGUUGCAAGGGGAAUCCAGUUCCUGCAUACUGUGACAGUUCCUGGUAUCAUCGGAAAUGAUCUAAACAUAGAGAACAUAAUGUUGGACAAAACUCUGACAGCAAAGAUAAGCAAUUACAAUCUUCCUGUGUUUCCAAAAAAUAAAAACAGUAAGGGUGGUUAUGAAAGGCCCUUUGUCGCGGCAGAUGAUAGAGAUCUUGGCAGUAUUCACAAUUUGGAACAGGGUGAGAAAGAAGAUAUUUAUCAGCUUGGGCUCAUCCUUCUGGAAAUUAUCACAGGAAAACCCACUGGAUCCAAAAAUGAGGUGGAUUCUCUUAUAUCUCUGAUUCAAAAGACAUUGACAGAUAGCCCAUCAGACCUGAAGGAAAUUGCAGACCCCACCAUUCGAGGCACUUACGCUGUCGAUUCCUUAAGAACAGCAAUCGAAAUAUCCCUGAAUUGUGCGUCCAGAUAUCCCAACCAGCGCCCUUCGAUCGAUGAUGUUCUCUGGAAUCUACAGUAUUCGGCGCAGAUCCAGGAUGGCUGGGCCAGCAGCGAAAAUCUAAGCAUCCAAGUCUAGUUCUUGAGGUUGAAUUGUUAUGCCUGGCACAUUACUCAUAUUUUGGCUCUAUUUCUGUUCUUUUUCUUAGGAAAAAGGCUUUCAACUAGGCAGUAGAUCUUUGUAUUAUUGCAUGCACUAUAUAUCGAUCAAACCACUCUAAGUUAAA